CUAUGGUUUUUAGGCUGUGAACAUGUGGGGAGCCAUUGCUAUAUCCAGAAUUAACAAGACAAGUUAAUGACUAGAAUAAAAAUGGCCACUUCAGUCCUCCAACCCGAAGAUUGCCGAAGAGAACACGAACCAAAGCCAGACAUCAUCGAAUCACCGCGGCUGACUGAUGAUGAACGCGUACACAUUCUGGAAGCGAAGGAACGAGAGACCGGUGAACUGCCGCCUGAGCUUCGGGAAAAAGCCCGGAUCGAACUGAGAGAAGAUCCAAUUUUGAGAGAAGAAGCUUUGAAUCAAAUGAGACAUUUUAUAGAGAAGCAUCCUGCGAUUAAAAAAUGCCGUCAAGAUGCACCAUUCUUGUUGCGUUUCCUGCGUACAAAGAAAUACUCAAUACCCCAGGCCUGCUCGAUGCUGGAACGGUACCUGACCAUACGACAAAUGUACCCGCAAUGGUUCCAGAAACUGGAUCCUCUUGACCCGAAGAUAGCUGCAGUUAUAGACGCCGGGUAUCUAGUGCCAUUGCCGAAGAGAGACGCCGAGGGGAGAAGAGUGGUUCUGUCCUGUAUGGGACGCUUCGAUCCUCACUUAUACGACAGUUGUGUAAUGGCCCGAGUUCAUUCAAUGAUUGUGGAACACCUCCUCGACGAGCCACGCUCCCAACUUCUCGGCUACACUCAUGUUAAUGACGAAGCCGGCAUGCAAAUGCCUCACAUUAGUCUUUGGUCUCUCACCGAUGUCAGGAUAAUGCUUAAUUGCAUUCAGAAUUCAACACCGAUGAGGCACAAGAGGACACAUUUUGUGAACAUACCGCAUUAUGGAGUCAGAUUUUUCGAAUUUGCAGUUUCGUUGUUGAGUGAUAAACUGAAAGACCGUGUUAUGUUCCAUCGUACGAGUAGUGACCUAACAAAAUACGUUGACCCUGCCAUUUUGCCAAAAGAAUAUGGCGGUACAGUCCCACUAAAAGAUAUGAUUGAAGAACUGAAACGUAAUUUAUUGAAGCAAAGAGAGGAGCUACUGGCCUUGGAUGACAUGUGCAUCGAUUUGUAUGCACUAGAAAAAAAUGAUUUGACACAAGACAUUCAUUCAACCGCCGGAUCGUUCCGUAAACUUGAAUUGGAUUAAAUAUCGGAUUAACAUAAUUACUAUUGUUUUAAAUAUUUUACUAUAUCUUUACAGUUCUGUGAUAGAAUACAGUUUCGUAGUAAUUUUUUGGGAAUACAUAGGGAUGUUCCGAUACCAUCAAAGUAUCGAUACCUACUCAUUUCGAUAGUACUCAAAUCUUUAUUCGAUACUACUUAUAUGAAUACUCCUAAAGUAUCGAUACUUACUGAUAUCUAUACUUUUAGCACCUACUUUAAGUACUUACUUUAAACAAAAAACUCUUUGGCAUCAAGAUUGCCCAAAAUCAGUAACUGUUCGAGGUAUUUUGGAGACAAUCUGUUCCUUGUUUGGUUACUAUAGUUGAUCGAAGCUUGUUUGAGACAUUAUUGCACCGGCUUUGGAAAAAAGGCACGCCUCAUCCACACCGCGCCGUCGCGUCGCCGCGCCGCUACGCGAUGGAUGAAUACCGGUAACCGAGCGAGUGGGCUUUUACUCUCUCGUUCUCUAUAAUGCGUUCGGAAAUUUUAAACUUUUUUAAUGGUAAUGCUGAUUCGAUUUGAUACCAAGUACUUUUGUUUCGAUACCGAGUAUGUAUCGCAAGAUUGAUUCGAUACUAGAAAUACUUGGUAUCGAAUCAAAAGUAUCGAGUACUUACUCGUAUUUACUAGUAUCGGAAUAUCCCUAGGAAUACGUUGUUAAGUUCAUGACAAUUUCUUGUAAGUUAAUGUUUAAGGAUCACUAAUAAUCCUAAUCUCUUUAAAAUAAGAUUACUUUUACAAUAAUUCGUUUUUUUUUAAAAUCCAGAUCUCGUUUUAUAUGUAACUAAAUACAUGAUUAUAAUUAAUUUUGAUGUGAAUAGUAGAUAAGCUUAUUCUGGCUACAUUUUGGUGUGACUCGCAAAAUUUUGAAUUAAAUGCGAUUAGAACAUUAAUUGUUUAAUAUUUGUUAGGAAUACUAGCACGCCAUCUGUCAUACGUAAAUAGUAUCUUGCCAGAAACCUCUGCGUUGCUAAAUAUGCAAUUAACUUACUUAACUUUUAUUUUGUCGGAUUAAUAACGCACAAAUGUAUAGAAAAUUGAACAAAAAAACAAACUAGACCACAUUGUUUUAAUACUUAACUAGAAAAAUAGGUGAAAUUACGUAUGACUUCUGAUUUAAUACCUAUUUUUCUUGCUUUCUUUUUACUAUACAGUGUAGUGUAGUGACUGGUGACAGCCGUCGGUGGUGUCACGUUACCAAUAAAUUAAAAUGGCAAUCUGAAGAAGAAAAGAAAACUACAUCACUAUUACUAAUAUUCCGGUAUAAAUAAUUAUGUUACUAGUUUAAAUUUCAAACAGCUAAUAUGACGAUAAUUAAACAAAAUCCCUGGAAAAAUCUAAUGUACGAAUAAUUGUUACACUGCUGUCUGGUAAUUCAAUUUAAGCUUAGUUUUAGUUCCAUAUUACGCUGUUCAAAUAAUAAAAGUACUUAAAUUAUGUA